AUGAAUCUUCAUUUGUAUGUUCCUCCAGCGAUACAUCAUUCUAGAAACUUCUUAAAUUGUUUAAAUAUUAAAGAAAAAGGAUUUUGUCAAAAGUUUACAAUGAAUAAUGAAACUAAAGAAGCGUUAACAAAGAAGUUUAAAUUAUUGCAAGAACGAUGUAUAUACGUUCAUAAUGCCAUUAAGAAUUUGUCAGAUGUGGGUCCUGUACCAAACAACAUUGAAGCUGAAGCUUCAAAUGACGUAGAGGCUUCACGAACAGAGAUACAAAAUUUGUACACGUCUAUUACGACGGACAGUAAUUUACCAACAAGUCAAUACCUCUCUGAAAUUCAACAGUUUACUGACGAAGUCGAAAAAUUCAUAGCUUUUACCGAGGGUUCAAUUAAUUACAUGGAUGCUGAAAUGGAAAGAUUAAAUAAUAUAAUCGAAACAUCACAAGAAGCCAGGUCAAGAUCUAGAGCAGAAAAGAAGCCCAUAACGAAGAAAGAAAGAUUAAUAGAAAGAUUCCAUACAAUUGAAAAAGUACUUCAUGGACUUAUGUAUUCCUUGUAUCCAAACUUUGCCGACCUUGUCAUGGAUGUUUUGUGGCGACUGAUGCAAGAGAAGUUUGAUGCAAGAUCUAGUGGUUACAUUAAGGUUACAAAUGAGAACUACAGGGCUAUGCGAUUUCUAAGACAUAUAAAAAUGGUGUCUCAAAACCCCUAUAAUAAAAAGGAGUUUAAACUUGUUUAA